AUGUCUCUAAUCCUUAUGACCGUAUUUGUGUUCGUUGAAGGCAUAAGGAUUGCUAUACCACUUAACUGGCUAUUGACGUUUAUAAUUCUUGAAGCCGUUGUAAUUGGCACGUCGCGCCUAUUGGUGAUGACAUGUUAUGGAGUGAUGCUUGCUUCUUUGAUUUUUGUUUUCGUGCCUAUGAUAAUUUGUAUUGUUGUAGGCUCACUGAUUAAGCACGAUUUCACACUGGACGUAAUUAUAUUAUUCGUUUUAUCGUUUGUAUUCUUUGUUGGUGCUGUCUAUUUUGUGACAUUCUAUGUAAUUGCUCACGUGAAGCUAGCGUUCUAUCUUUACGCGGCCUUAGUUUACAUUAUAGUUUGCAUUUUUAUCAUGUAUCAUGCUCAAACGAUUAACGGGAAUCGUUAUGCCGAAAUGCGUACAACAGAUUACUUACUGGCUGCUUUAAUACUUUUUGUCGACUUUCUUGUCUUGUAUAUGGUGAUAACGCAUGUUAUGUUAAUUGCGUGGGAGGGUAUCACGAAAUCGCCUUGUACCCGCACUGGUCGUAAAGACGGCCCUGUUGCGAAUCCAACCCCGCCGGUUGUCGCCUCAACCGAAGCUGAGGAUGAUGAUUAUUAA